CUGCCGGGUACCAGCGCUGUAAUCCCACAAUGCAGAGCGCAUGGCGCGUCAUUGGAGAGGGACGAUGAUGGCGGCGGUCGGUGCACCAGAAGUGAUCACACAGCUGGAAAGCGCUGCCAAAGUUUUAAUGGCACCGCCGUCCAUGGUCAGCACAGAACAGAGGCAGCAUGCUGAACACAUAUUCCUCUCCUUCAGAAAAUCCAAAUCCCCUUUUGCCAUCUGCAAGCACAUCUUAGUCUGCAGAAGUAUGUCCGUGAGCAGAUCCUCUUGGCCGUGGCGGUCAUCGUGAAGAGGGGCUCUCUAGACAAAAGUAUCAACUGCAAAAGCGUCUUUCACGAGGUCGGACAGCUCAUCAGCAGCGGGAACCCCACAGUGCAAACACUGGCCUGCUCCAUCCUGACCGCUCUGCUCAGUGAGUUCUCCAGCUCCAGUAAGACCAGCAGCAUCGGCCUCAGCAUGGAGUUUCACGGCAGCUGCAAGCGUCUGUUCCAGGAGGAGAGCCUGCGUCAGAUCUUUAUGUUGACCAUGGAGGUACUGCAGGAGUUCAGCCGCCGAGAAAACCUAAACGCCCAGAUGUCGUCUGUCUUCCAGCGCUACCUGGCUCUGGCCAACCAAGUCCUCAGCUGGAACUUCCUGCCACCCAAUCUGGGGCGCCACUACAUCGCCAUGUUCGAGGCCACACAGAACGUCACGCUGAAGCCUACGGAGUCCUGGAGGGAAGCACUGCUGGACACCCGCGUCAUGGACCUCUUCUUCACCGUACACAGGAAGAUUCGGGAGGACUCGGACAUGGCCCAGGAUUCCCUGCAGUGCCUGGCCCAGCUGGCCUCCAUGCACGGGCCCAUCUUCCCCGAUGAGAGCGCCCAGGUCUCCUACCUGGCCCAUCUAGUGGAGGGCCUGCUCAGCAUGAUCAACGGGAUUGAGAUCGAGGACUCAGAGGCGGUAGGCAUCUCCAAUAUCAUCUCCAAUCUGAUCACCAUGUUCCCCCGAAGCAUUUUAACGGCACUGCCCAGCGAUCUCUUCACCUCCUUCAUCAACUGCCUCACGCUGCUCACAUGCUCGUUCGGACGGAGUGCCGCCCUUGAGGAGGUGCUGGAUAAGGAUGACAUGGUUUACAUGGAGGCCUAUGACAAGCUGCUGGAGUCAUGGCUGACACUUGUCCAGGAUGAGGAGCAUUUUCCUCGCGGCUGCUUUGUUCAGCCGGCAAUACAGGUCUUCAACUCAUACAUCCAGUGUCACUUGGCUGCUCCUGACGGCACCCGGAACCUGUCAGUGAAUGGCAUAUCGUCUCAUGAAGAGGAAGAGAUCAAUGAGCUGCAGGAAGACGACAGAGAGAUGUUCUCUGACCAGCUGUCCAGCAUUGGCAUGCUGGGACGUGUGGCCGCUGACCACUGUAUCCCCCUGCUCACAACCCUGCUGGAGGACCGGGUGACUCGGCUGCACGGUCAACUCCAGAGAACCCAGCAGCAUCUCAUGGCCUCAUCUGACCCCGGAUCAGUGGACCGCAAAGUCCUGGACGACCUCUAUGAGGACAUCCACUGGCUCAUACUGGUCUCAGGGUAUUUACUAGCAGACGACCCUCAGGGCGAAACCCCGUUGAUCCCCUCAGAGGUGAUGGAGUUUUCCAUCAAACACUCGACAGAAGUGGACAUCAACACGACGCUGCAGAUCCUAGGGUCACCCGGGGAGAAAGCCUCGUCCAUACCGGGCUGCAACCGCACAGACUCAGUCAUCAGGUUGCUGUCAGCGGUGUUGCGGACGUCAGAGGUUGAGUCCCGGGCAACGAGAGCGAGCCUGACAGGGCUGCUGAGCCCACAGAUGGGAAAGGACAUUGUGUGGUUCCUCAGACGCUGGGCCAAGACGUACCUGCUGGUGGACGAGAAGCUCUACGAGCAGAUCAGCAUCCCCCUUAGCACGGCGUUUGGUGCGGACACAGAGGGUGCCCAGUGGAUUGUGGGAUAUCUUCUAGAGAAGGUAAUCAACAACCUGUCUGUGUGGAGCUCGGAGGCUGAGCUGGCAAACGACACCGUGGAGCUGCUGGUGACGCUGGUAGAGAAGAGGGAGAGGGCCAACAUUGUGGUGCAGUGUGAGAGCUGGUGGAACCUGGCGAAGCAGUUUGCGAGCCGCAGCCCACCCCUCCACCUACUGUCCAGCUCCGUGCAGAGGUCUCUGAUGAAAGCUCUGGUGCUGGGAGGCUUCGCACACAUGGACUCUGACACCAAACAGCAAUACUGGGCUGAGGUGCUCCACCCUCUGCAGCAACGUUUCCUCAACCUCAUCAACCAGGAGAACUUUGCUCAGAUCAGCCAGGAGGAAGCCGUCAAACAGGAAAUCGUGGCUACAUUAGAGGCGCUGUGCGGCAUCGCAGAGGCGACACAGAUAGACAACGUGGCCUCGCUCUUCUCCUUCCUCAUGGACUUCCUGUCCAGCUGCAUCGGCCUCAUGGAGGUCUACAGCAACACGCCAGAGACGAUCAACCUCAUCAUCGAGGUUUUUGUGGAAGUGGCUCACAAGCAGAUCUGUUACCUGGGAGAAACUAAGUCCAUGAAGCUGUAUGAGGCGUGUCUAACGCUGCUGCAGGUCUACUCCAAAAACAACCAGAGCAGGAAGCGAAGUGACGCCACAGCUGAGGAGGACCAGUACCAGGACCUGCUGCUCAUCAUGGAGCUGCUCACAAACCUGCUCUCCAAAGAGUUCAUCGACUUCAGCGACACCGACGAAGUGUUUCGAAACCAAGACCAGGGAACGCCAGCGUCCAAUCGGACGGUAUCGGCAGCAGAUGUGGUUCUCUAUGGAGUCAACAUUGUUCUUCCACUCAUGUCUCAGGACCUGCUCAAGUUUCCCUCUCUGUGUAACCAGUACUACAAGCUCAUCACGUUCAUCUGUGAGAUCUUUCCAGAAAAGAUCCCACAACUGCCCGAAGACCUCUUCAAAAGCCUCAUGUUCUCCCUGGAGCUGGGAAUGACCUCGAUGAGUUCAGAGAUUAGCCAGCUGUGUUUGGAGGCUUUGUCUCCUCUGGCUGAGCAGUGCGCUAAGAACCAGGAGAAGGACACACCCCUCUUCAUCGCCACCCGUCACUUCCUCAAGUUGGUGUUUGACAUGCUGGUCCUGCAAAAACACAACACAGAGAUGACGGUGGCAGCAGGGGAAGCUCUUUACACACUUGUGUGCCUGCACCAGGCCGAGUACUCUGAGCUGGUGGAGACUCUGCUGUCCUCGCAGAGAGACGCCGUCAUCUACCAGCGGCUGGCCGACGCCUUCAACAAGCUGACGGCCAGCAGCACGCCACCCACAAUGGACCGCAAGCAGAAGGUGGCCUUCCUCAAGAGCCUGGAGGAGUUUGUGGCAAACGUGGGCGGCCUGCUCUGCGUGAAAUAACCACUGGAAACUGACUCCGCCUCGAAUCAUCGUUUUGAAAAGCAGCCAAUCGAAGACCCCCCCACUUCACCCCUGAGAACUAUGGGUAGAGGAGACAGCACGAAGCCUCGGAGGAACUCUCUGUCUCUCUACCUGCUGGGGAAUCCAUCUCACGCGUGAAUGUUUACCCCCUUUUCGCCUCUGAGGAUUUCUUUUUGUUUUCGUUUUCCUCCCCACCCGUUGCACCCCCGGGCCCGCCCCCCUUAGCAAGAUUGACAGACUGGAUGACGAUGAUGUGGUAACCAUGGAGACAGAACUGCAGAGCAGACGGACUCAAUUGGAGGAUCUUGCCCUAUUGACUGAAACGACGGAGCACUGACCAUCGUGACGACAAGAGGUGGAGCAGCAACGGUGGUGUCCUCCUUACUCCGCCAACUCAUGUACCGGGAGAGGCUGCCAGAGCCCGCACACACACACAAACACACACACACACACACAGAGUGACAUUGAGGGUAAAACAGGUUGCUGUUAUUGAAAAUUGGAGAUGUUUUUUUCCAGUGUGAGGUUUUGUAGUUGAUGGUAUUAGAGGGGCCAUUUUAGUUUUAAGAAUGCCAUGGCGACCACCUCCUCCCCAAUGCGCAUGCACACACACACACACAACACACAACACACACACACACACACACUUCAUUUGGACAGUUUUCAUUCCUACACACACACGCCACCCCAAUCCUUCCCAGAGUGCCUUGUUUUGUUGAUUGUUCUGUGUGUGCAUGUGUGAUCAUGUCAUACAUCAACUGACAACAAAUAACGGCUGUGCUCGUCAUUCGCCAGGAAUACAGCGGAUGCACGCACGCUCAAAAAUCUCACAUGCACACACAUGCAAAAAUGUUGCCAUAACAACAAAAGGUAUGGCCAGCCUGGCUGCAUUUGGGGUUGCUGAUCCAAGCAGCACAAUCAGAUUGUUUCACUAAAGGGUACAUAUAUAUCUAUAU